UUUUGUUUUCUUUUUUUCUUUUGACUUUCCAGGCUGGGAACGAGACGGGUGGCUGUUUGCUGAUGGACAGAGUGCUAGAAAAGUAUUAUCUUUCCACCAUGUACAGCCUUGAGUUCAUUUUAGGCUUCGUUGGAAACACCAUUGUUAUGUUUGGCUAUAUUUUCUGCCUGAAAAACUGGAAAAGUUGCAACAUCUACCUGUUUAAUUUAUCGUUAUCAGAUUUACUAUUCCUGUGUACUCUUCCAAUGCUCGUUAACAGCUACUCCAGAGAUUACUGGGCAAAGGAGAGCGUGAUGUGCCACAUCAACAGAUUCCUGUUGCAUGCAAACCUCUAUAGCAGCAUCCUUUUCCUCACCAUUAUCAGUAUUGACCGAUACAUGCUCAUAAAAUACCCUUUCAGAGAACACUUCUUACAGAAGAGGCCAAUGGCCUUUUUCGUGUCUGUUGCCAUAUGGAUUUGGGUGAUACUGGAGCUGGUGCCGCUAACAUAUUUCCUGGAGCCUGUAAUGCCUGACAACAAGUGUCUCGAUUACGCAAGCUCUGGAGACCCCGUGAAAAGCCUCAGCUACAGCGUGUUUCUGACUGUCUUUGGGUUCCUUAUCCCUCUCUUGAUCAUGUGCUGCUUCUCUGUGAAGAUGGUUCUUUUUCUUAAAAACAGAAGCGAGCAACUCAGUUCUGUCCUGACACUCGAAAAGCCUCUUAUUUUAGUCGUCCUCACAGUGGCCAUCUUCUCGUUGCUCUUCACUCCCUAUCACAUAAUGCGCAAUGUCCGACUUGCUUCCCGAAUACCAGCUCUGAACAUACCCAUGUGCACGCAGGAUGUCAUCAACAUCAUUUACAUCAUCACGAGACCCAUUGCGUUUUUGAAUAGUGUCAUUAAUCCUGUUUUUUAUUUCUUAAUGGGUGACCACUUCAGAGAGAUGCUGAUGGCAAAAAUAAGGCAGCUCUGGAGCAGGCUGACGACCACGCGGAAAUGA